AUGGUCAACCUCACCUCCUUCUCCCUCCCUCUUCUCCUCACAGCACUCACAACACUCACCUCAACCUCCACCAUCCCCCUUCAACAUCGCACACCCCCCAAUACCCCCAGCCCCAGCGAGGCACGCACACUCCUCUCCUCCAUUACCGUGGGCCCCCAAGGCCCCCAAGACGGCUAUAAUCGAACUUCAUUCCCGCAUUGGAUCACCAUAAAAGGCGCAUGCAACACCCGCGAGACCGUGUUGAAGCGGGAGGGCAAAGACGUGGGAAUUGGCGCUGACUGCUCUGCAAAGUCUGGGUCGUGGUAUAGUGUCUAUGACGGCGCGACGUGGACGAGGGCAAGCGAUGUAGACAUUGACCAUGUCGUGCCGUUGAGUAAUGCGUGGAAGAGCGGGGCGGAUAAAUGGACAACAGAUACGCGAAGGAGCUUCGCGAAUGACUUGGAGAAUCCGCAGUUGGUGGCUGUUACUGAUAAUGUUAAUCAGGACAAGAGUGACUCGGGUCCUGAGGAAUGGAAACCCCCGCUUGCAUCCCACCAUUGCGAGUACGCCUGCAUGUGGGUAAAAGUCAAAUUCAUCUAUGAUCUGACAGUCACUGGCACCGAGAAAUCUGCGUUAACUGAUAUGUUGGGUACUUGCUGA